GUGUUACGUGCGAAAGUACCAACAAUCUUUCUGUAAUUCGAAAAACACAUUGCAUUGCUACCUAGCUACUUAAGAUGGAUAGAUCGUCUUGUGGAAGAGAAAAUUUUUAUUUCGAAAUGGAAUCAGCCCAAAAGGAUACCAAAGCAGGAGCGUACGAUGAUGUUGUUUGCGCGAUAACAACAACGCCAAAGAGCUUUGAUAAAGUCCAUUUGGGUGGACAUGAGAGGCACACAGAAACUACAGAGAGUUCCAUUCAAGCUCUAAAUUAUGCCCUGCAUUCACAAGCUGCUGUGGUGCGUCGUCUUCUGUGCAUUUCGGUCGCUGUUGUUACCAUUGCUUUUUUGACAGCGGCUGCCACUUUGGCAUUGGCUUUAUUCUUGAUUAUGUAUAGAACAAAUGAUGUGGCCGUGUCGUCUAACAAAGACGGACCUUUACAAGACUCGAAGCUAUCACAAUUGAAGUUUGAAGCUGAACUAAAGGCAAUGAAGCAGAACAUCUCCAUGAUUCAAUCACGCGCUGCUGAUAAAGUGUAUGCCGAGGAACUCAAGAGGCUGAAAUCAAAGAUAAGUGAAAUGGAGGAGAAGAUUUCAAGCUCGGACAGGGGUAAUAUCUCAGAUAACGUCCAGAAACAGGAUGAGGCAAAGCUCGACAUUGAGAUUGUAAAAUCAAUGAAUGCUACCCUCAAUGAAAAGCUGAAAGACGUUCAGCAAUACAUGUCCAGUUUACAGCAAAUGGUAAUAAAAGUAAGCAAAGAUCCAGGACCAAAAGGACCACGUGGAUUCAAUGGCACAAACGGUCUUCCAGGGCGACCUGGAUUCAGCAAUUGGACACUUUGUUCUUACAAGCACCUAGCCAGCGUUGGUCAAAACCCAUCAUCCUAUGCAAAUCAAGUCGUGCAAAAAUCUGAACCAAAGGGUAAAAAGUUCCUUGGUGUUAGCUGUGACAGUAAUGAUGCAAAAUUUGUGCAGUUGACAAGCACUGAAUCUAAAUACAGUAUAAGCUACCAAUGCAGUUGCAAAGAAACUUUAAGGAGUGGAGAUGCAAAAAUUUAUUGCUUCAUGCACUACUGGGAAUGCCCAACUUAAAUAGCCAUGAGCAUUCGCUGCUAAUCGUGAAAAAAGGGCGUCAGACAAUGAUUAUAAAGUCAAAGUAGGAAUCUACUUGCUUUGUGUAAAUAAUUUGCCAUAGUCAGUAAUUUGUAGUCAUAGCUGAUGUGACGUCUCGAUGCGCAGAAAAGUCGAAACUGAUCAUGACCCUCGUGCGGCAAAAUAAUCGUUGAAUCUAUAGUUGAUUAACGAUAUUCAAGUGGUAAUUACAAGCACGCUGUCUUGUUGAAUUAGAAAAUCGCCGCUUUGGGCAAAAUAGAAGGAGAUAUAUUGAAGUAGACGCCAGUUGUUUAAAUCCAUUUUCGCGUUUCGCUUAGCUGAUGCAGUCCUCUCUAAAAAUAACUGAUUAUCCAAAUAAACGUAAAAUGACAGAGAAAAAAAUACAGUGUGUAACGAACUAUCUUGAGUCAACCAUGUUUCUGCUCUUGUCUGAAAUGCUAUCUCUUCUACUUAGUCAGUCUCUGAAAGAUAUAUUUUUGAAAAUUCCAAAACAGCGUGCUUCUCUACGUAGUACUGGAUGGGAAUGAUCAUUCAAAUAAAGCAUGUGAGGGUCACAAUUGCGUCAGGUAAAAUUAAAAAAACAGAAUUUUUCUUCAUCAUUUUGCCCAAGGUAAGCGGAUGGAACGCUUUCAUAAUGGAAUAUUGUGUUGCUAUAGGAGAAAAAGUAAGGAUUAAUCAGAAAAAUGUCGCGGAAAACAGAAUAAAGUUAUAAUUCAUGCUUAAUCGGAUCUGCUGAUUAAGCAUGAACGAAACGUCCUCAAAUGAACAAAGCCGUGAAAGUUUGUAAGCAAAAGGGCAGAGAAUUGUGAUUAAAGGAUGCAAGAGAAAGACAAAAGUUAAAAUGUCUUGUGGGAAGUCAUUUAAGAUAGCGAUGAUAUCAACUGUAAAUGUUGUAUCUGUUUUUGCGCGUUUACUUUCACUAGUUUAUUACAUCAAUUUUGAAAUCACUAGUGGU